AUGGGGCAUGGAAAUCAACAUGGCCAUGGCCAUGGGAAAGUGGAACUCCCUGACUACAGGCAGUGGAAGAUAGAGGGUACUCCCCUAGAGAAGGUCCAGGAAAGGCUAGCUAAACGGGGUCUUAGGGAUCCAUGGGCUCGUAAUGAAGCCUGGAGGUAUAUGGGUGGCUUUGCAAAACCCGUCACCUUAGCAGAAGUCCUCACUAAGGGAUUCAAGUGGGGAUUUGCAGCUUUCGUCGUAGCUCUUGGCAUUGAAUAUACACUGUUUCCUCCAAAGAAGAAUGGAGGCCAUCACUGAAGACCAAAUGAGACA